AUGGACGCGCUAAAGCUUUUCAAGGUUUUAUUGGCUGUCUGUGUUAUUAAACAAACUUUUUCAGACUUUGAGUUUACAAACAUAAUAUGCGAUUCCCUUGACGAACAAUUUGCUUCCAUUGAUUAUUGCUACCUGAAGUCCGUAAAUCGAACCUACAAAUAUGCAUCGCUAAAAGUUAAAUUGCACAAAGUACCAGUUGAGAAAAUUAAAAUAAACUUUGCCAUUUAUAAACGUUUAAAUGGCUACAAGCCAUUUCUAUACAACGUUACUUUUGAUGCCAGCAAGUUUAUGAAAAAUCGAAAAAUAAAUCCAGUGGCCUCAUUUCUUAUGGAUCUAUUCGUGACAUAUUCAAACAUGAAUCAUGGAUGUCCCUAUAAUAAUGACGUCUAUGUGGAAAAGGCUCCCGCAUCUCAUCUAAACGAUAAAAUGACUUUUGCGUUGCCAUUUCCCGAGGGAAGUUAUGGAUUCUAUAGUGUUUGGUAUGCCUAUGAUGUCGCACGAGCACAAGUCAACGUAUAUGGCACACUAUCGUAA